AUGAAUGAACAAUCAGACAAAAGCACUUCCACUCACGAGGGACACACAGGUCAAAGUUCUCCUGAGAAAAACUGUCAGAUUGGACAGAAGCAACUGCAACAGAUAGAGCGGCAGUUAAAAUGCUUGGCGUUUCAAAAUCCUGGACCACAGGUAGCGGACUUUAAUCCUGAAACAAGGCAGCAGAAAAAGAAAGCUCGGAUGUCAAAGAUGAAUGAAUAUUUUUCUGUAAAAUACAAAGUUAGGAAGAAGUACGACAAGAGCGGCAGGCUGAUCUUCAAUGAUGCUGAUCUGUGUGAUUGCUUGGAGAAGAACUGUCUGGGCUGCUUCUACCCUUGUCCCAAGUGCAACUCCAACAAGUGCGGGCCCGAGUGCCGCUGCAACCGACGCUGGGUGUACGAUGACAUUGUCACCGAAUCCGGGGAGGUGGUCAGCUCGCUGCCGUAUCUGGUGCCUGACUAGGGGCCAUUGCACGCGGGCUGGUUUGGUUCUUCUUCCUGACACCUAAGCCA